AUGGCACAACCGACGCGCACACUGUCGCUCCGGAUCCUCUCGCCGUCGGCCGAAGUGGGCGAUGGCCUCGACAUGGCCAACGUGCCCAUCGACACGACCAUUGCCGCCUUGAAGGCCAUGUUGACCGACCUGAUCCCCUCGAACCCCCAGCCUGAUCGUAUGAGACUCAUCCACUUUGGUCGCUUCCUGGCCGACGACAACGAGACACUGGCACACAUAUUCGGAGAGGCCGUCAUUACCCAAACCACGCCCUUCAUGUUACAUCUGGUUGUCCGCGCCCCUCCCACGCCCAUGGAGACUGCAGCUACUCGCCAGCCGCUCUUUGCCUCAUGGGGUCCUCAGAAUCCCGCAGGAGGUCCUCCCCAACAACAGCCAAACGUCCUCCCACCAGGCGCCGCGAACCAUCCCUUGAUGCGACCAGGUGCUGCCUUUGUCCCCCAGCCCCAAGGCGCUACUGCUACACCACCUCACCCUGCCGCUCCUACUCCUCCUCAUCAACAUGGCCACCCUCCACCACCAAACCUGCUGCAACAUCUCAUGGAGCGCCAGCAACAACACCUCAGACAACUCCACCCACAGUUCCCGCUACCGGGCAUGCCGCGACCCACUCCUCCUCACAGCGCUCCACACACACCACCUCCGUUCGCGAAUCACCAUGCCCACCCACAUGUCCACCACCACCACCCGCAUGUCCACGCCCAUCCUCAGCCACAACACCAACCCCUCCAACAACCACACCAGCGUACCGCUACAAUUACAAUAAACCAAAGCACUAUCGCCGUGCCAAUGCCUCUCGGUCCCCAUGGAAUGCCCAUGGGCCAGAUGCCUCUACCUGGCUUCCCACCAAUCCACAAUCUGUUCCACCAACAACCUCAACCACAAAUUCAGCAAUUCAACCCUGCUUCUCCCACAGUCUACCUGCUGUCGUCGCGUAACGGCCCACAGGCUCUUCUCUUCUCACCACAAGGCACAUACACUGCAAGUCUACCACACACUCCUGUGCCUGCUAUGCCCACUAUCCCCAAUCCACUCUUCGCUCACUCCCGACCUCUCACACCUGCCGCUCAAGCCGCGCCACCACCUGGCUUCCAACCACCUCCUGUCGUUGUCGAUCCUCCACAACCUCUAGAACAGGUCGCACAACAACUCGUCCAACAAGUGAACCAAGGAGGUGCAGUGAACCAAGGAGCUGCAGAGAACCAAGAGGUCGACGUCCUGNCCCCGUGGCAGCCCCUUUUGGCUCAGGGCUGGAUGUUGCUUCGACUCUUGUUCUUUGCAUGGAUCUUGUUAGGCACAGGUCAGGGUUGGCGAAGACCAUUGGCUCUUCUCGCAAUUGGUAUCCUCUUCUGGGCCAUUAACGCUGGUGGAGUUGGUAACACAGUCAGAGAUGCUGUGCGUUCGUGGUGGGAGGCUGUUGUUGGAUUGCCUGGUCAGCCUGAUCAACCACAAGGACAGGAACACGGUGCAAUCAGACAGGCCUUGAGACCUGUCGAGCGCCUGCUUGCUCUCCUCAUCGCAUCACUAUGGCCUGGGGUUGGUGAACGCACCGUCAUCGCUAGAAGAGAAGCAGAGGAGAGACAGAGACGCGAGGAAGGAGAGAGACAGGCAGCAGAAGCAGAGCGCCAGAGAUUAGAAGCAGAGCCGUCUACCACUCAACAAGUGCCCACGAGUACGGGAGAGAGUGAUCCAGUCGCUACCAUCGAAGGACCAUCCACUACCACAGCCACUGGCAACAAUGUUGCUGCCGAGGGACAGGAGAUCAGGGAGAGAAAGACGGCAACUCAUGACUCCAGUGCAGAGCAGGCAUCAGCAUCACAAUCCGCAUUGUCUCGCGAUGAACAGAGGGCACAACAGCUUAGCAACCUUACACAAGACUGGUGA